CGGAAGAACUCUUUAUGACAAUGAUGGUCACCCAUCUUCGGACCAACAGCGUCGAGCGUAGCUUCACCUAUGAUCGAUCCACUUAUUCAGAUAGCUUAGCUACAAUGACAAAGGGACAGGUGAAUCUAUAAAAAUAAAAGUCGUAAAAAGUGAACACGCUGUAGGCGUUAUUUUAUGCAUAUAAACGGCUAAUAUAUUUUGAUGUUUUAAAAAUAACUAUUUAGUCUUGUCAAGUGUUCGCUGAUUCAAGUGCGCGUGUUGCAGUGAUUAGCGUAUUUUUUUAAUUAAAAAAAUAUAUUUUCUUAUCGUAUGGUUGAUGUACAACCUGGUGUCAGAGUUUAAACCGCCCUUAGGACUUUGACGUCGCUUAGUAAGCCUUUGAAAAAAACUCAGACACAAUGGUGGAAGUAGAGGAGAUGGAUGUCGCUCAAGUAGCGGAGCUGAAGAUGAAGGCUCGGCUGAAGCCGGUUCACGAGGCGACCAUACGCUUCAACUCUCCCGUUCAAAAGUUUUAUGAAAACAAGACUAUUUUCAUAACGGGAGGUACCGGAUUCCUUGGGAAACAACUUAUCGAGAAAUUGCUGAGAGCCACAAAAAUUGCGAAAAUCUUCAUAUUGGUGAGGACUAAAAAAGGAAAGGCCAUUGAAGAAAGAUUACAAGACAUGCUUAAAGAUCCGGUUUUCGACUUGGCGAAGGAGGCAUGCCCUGAAUAUUUGAGUAAGUUGGUCCUGGUGCCAGGAGACGUGUCAGAGCUGAAGCUUGGCAUCAGCGAUAAGGACUGGAAGACGGUUGCUGAAGAGACUGAAAUCAUCUUCCAUCUCGCAGCGACUACACGAUUCGACGAUCCGCUUCGAGUCGCCACCUUUAUAAAUGUAAGAGGGGCAAGGGAAGCCCUCAUCCUUGGAAAAGACUGCAAAAAUCUCAAAUCCUUCGUGCACGUAUCAACGGCGUACUCCAACGCAUGUGCGAGCAUGAUUGACAACGAGGUCAACGAGCAGUUCUACAAGAGUCCCAUGGACCCUGAGGUGCUCAUCAGAAUGGCGGAGACCAUGGAUGAUGAGAGGAUCCAAAACAUCACACCGAGCUUGAUCAAAGACUGGCCGAACACUUACUCCUUCGCGAAGGCAGUGGCUGAGCAGACUGUCACACAAUAUGCUGCAGACCUACCUCUGUGCGUCGUCAGACCAGCUAUCGUUGUUGCCGCGGCCUUGGAACCCGGUCCUGGUUGGAUCGACAUUUCGAAUGUAUUUGGUGCUAGUGCUAUCAUCGUAGGUCCUGGUCUUGGAUUAGUGAGAGUUAUCUACGCAUCGCACGAUGCUAAAGUGGGGCUGAUACCAGUCGAUUACGUAAACAACAGUAUAAUAACGGCCGCUUGGGAAACAGCCAAGAAUAAAGAAGAUGGUGAAUUGAAAACGAAGAUUUAUAAUGUUGCGCCGAGCAGAAAUCCGCCAUUAUGGGGUAAUUUAUCGGAGAUUUUCACAAGUUUUCGCUUCAUAUACGCGGCGCCUCAAUCCAUAUGGUACAACUUCGCUUGGCAGACCACCAAUAAUUUCCUCUUCUUCGUCUACUCUUGGUUUCUGCAUCUGAUUCCUGCUUACCUCAUCGACGGAAUCUGCUUGAUAUUGGGAAAGGAACGCAGAUUCGUAAAACUCUACAAGAAAGUCUACAAAAUGUCGAAAGCGCUCAGUUAUUUUACGACUCACAAUUGGAGAUUUGUUGAUGGCAACACCGAAGCUCUUUAUAACGGAUUGUCAGAGGUCGACAAAGUCAUUUUCGAUUUUGACGUAAUGACAAUUGACUGGCGAGAAUACAUGUUGAAAUGGAUCAUCGGUUUAAGAAAAUAUGUCAUCAAAGAUGGGUUGAAAGGGUCAAAAUAUGGCGCGAGAAAACAGUUCAUUUUUCUAUUCGUGAAUAUUUUCGCGAGCAUUUUGUAUUUUUACGCUUUAUUGAAAUUAGUGUUAUUCGCUUUUUAUGUUGUGUCAUCUAUUUUUAGUUUAGUAUUGUACCCUUUUAAUUAAAUUCUAGAUUUUA